AUGUAUUCGAAGAGCUUUAAGCUUUACCAUUUGGAGAGAAAAGAACCACGUUGGUAUAUGCCAGAGAAGACUAAUGUCCAGUAUGAGAUGUAUGCGAAGUUUCUACCGCUCCGAUUUCCCACAUACGAGUUGACAGGCCUGGACCUAAAUGGAGAAUACGGUCUAGAGGCUACUAACUCACGAUGUCAUGUUACCAAUAACCCAGCCGGCAAGCACUUCAAAAUAUGA